AAUGUAUGUUGGUUGCCUGCUUCUGUUACGGAAUGAAUCGUGUAUAAAACACAGUGUUGGAUAAUGAUUUUGUAGUUGUGUGCAUAUCUCAUUCAUUCAGAGUACACACAGAAUAUAGCGACAUCGACGAAAAGAGAGAAUCCACGAAUUUGAGUUGCGCAGGACGUAACCUUACGCGUACACACGUUGCUUCGUUGUUAUUACUAUUAUUUGGCUAAUAUUUCAUCGUAGUAUUUUUACCCAUUUCGCUUGAAAAGUCAAAAUUUCAGCCAGCAACUAAUUGUUUAACACAAAAACUUCCAUCGUUUCGUUGUUUUUUUGUUAUUCGUAUUCACGGCAUUCUCUCAUCUAGUGCACAGUAAAAUUUAGAAUUUCCAUUUUCGAAUGGAUAUUUGAGAAUCGAAUCAAACGCCAAAACUAUACACGUACGGUCACAGUUUCAUAUCGAUUCGGUUGCAUUGAAAAAAGUGAAUAUUUGUUUUAUUAAAGGAAAAAUAUUGCUGUGAAACCAAUAGUGAUAAAAACCAAAAAAAGAAUGUUCGCCCGUAAUAUUUUAAAAUGUGGUUCUCCGAAAAAGCAGAAUCUUUCGGCAAUUGGAAGAGCUUUAGGAGCAGCUUCCAGCGAUAAAUCGCAGCUUGUGGUUCCAUCGCGUUCCUAUGCGUUUGAGGUGACCGGCGACAUUAUUUGCCCCGGCUUUGUUCAAGGUAUCGAUCAUCUACGGGAUCCACGUUUGAACAAGGGAUUGGGCUUUACAUUGGAAGAGCGUCAAGUGCUCGGUAUCCAUGGAUUGCAGCCGGCUCGAUUUAAAUGUCAAGAAGAACAAAUCGAAUUGUGUAAAAUAUCCAUAAAUCGAUACCAAGAGGAUCUUAACAAGUAUUUGUACUUAAUCGACUUACAAGAUCGAAACGAGCGAUUGUUUUUCCGUCUUGUGUCUGAAAAUGUUGCCCAGAUGAUGCCAAUCAUCUAUACACCGACUGUAGGCUUGGCUUGUCAGAAAUUCGGUCUAAUUUACCGUAGACCAAGAGGAUUGUUUAUAACGAUAAAUGACAAGGGACACGUUUACGAUGUCAUUCGCAAUUGGCCAGAGCCCGAUGUUCGUGCCAUCGUCGUCACGGAUGGUGAGCGUAUUCUUGGUUUAGGAGAUUUGGGUGCAUGCGGUAUGGGCAUUCCUGUUGGAAAGCUUGCUCUUUACACAGCAUUAGCCGGAAUUAAACCACAUCAAUGUUUACCAAUUUUAAUCGAUGUUGGAACGAAUAACAAAGAUCUUUUAGAAGAUCCACUAUACAUUGGAUUGCGCCAGAAACGUGUCACCGGUCCUGAGUAUGAUGAAUUCAUUGAUGAAUUUAUGGCGGCAGUAGUAAAGAAAUACGGUCAAAAUACAUUGAUUCAAUUUGAAGACUUUGGAAAUCACAACGCAUUCAGAUUUUUGGAUAAAUACCGUGACAAUUAUUGUACAUUUAACGAUGAUAUUCAAGGUACAGCCGCUGUUGCUGUCGGUGGAUUGUAUGCAUCGUCAAGAUUGACGGGCAAAACAUUUGCCGAUUCGACAAUUUUAUUCGUUGGUGCCGGUGAAGCUGCCAUUGGUAUUGCCGAUCUUUGCUGUAAAGCAAUGGAAGCCGAUGGAAUAUCAACAGAGGAGGCACGUGGAAAAAUUUGGAUGUGUGAUAUCGAUGGCUUAUUGACAACAACACGUAAAGAAGGAAGUUUAGAGGGGCACAAAAAACAUUAUGCUAAAGACUGCCAACCAAUGAAAGAUUUAGCACAAGUCGUCGAAGAAGUCAAACCAACCAUAUUGAUUGGUGCUUCAGCCACACCAGGACUAUUUACACCAGAAAUUCUUAAAAAAAUGGCCAAAUUCAAUGAACGACCAAUUGUGUUUGCACUAUCAAAUCCAACGAGUCGAGCUGAAUGUACUGCCGAACAGGCGUUCCAAAAUACUGAUGGUCGCAUCAUUUUCUGUUCGGGAUCACCUUUCCCACCAGUAACAAUUAAUGGCAAAACCUAUAAACCAGGUCAAGGCAAUAAUGCCUACAUUUUCCCAGGUGUCGCACUUGGUGUAAUUGCCACAUUAAUGCAUCAUAUUCCCGAUGAUGUGUUCUUGAUUGCAGCACGUGAAUUGGCCGCAAGUGUACGAGAUGAAGAUUUGGCCGUUGGUUCAUUGUAUCCACCAUUGGAUUCAAUUCGUGAAGUUUCAUUGAAAAUCGCCAUUGGCAUUACAAAAUAUGCAUAUUGCAAAGACAACAUAUUGUAUACAGGUGAAGAGAUGCGUAAAUAUUAUGAAAGAAAGGGUAUCGCUGCCAAAGGCCUAGCUUCAACCUAUCCAGAGCCAGAGGAUAAGAAAAAAUGGCUUGAAGAUCAAUUGUACAACUUCAAUUACGAGAGCUCAAUGCCGGUAACAUGGAAAUGGCCACAACCAACGCCAAUGAAAACGCGUGAGCUUAAGCCAGUCAAAUUGACCGAACGUGAAGAAAUUUAAUCAAAUUACAAAAAAAAAAAUAAA